CAACACUUAAUCCUCCUCAAUAUGGCGACUGCUUCUCAACAGCCACCGCUCAAGGCGGAUGAUCCCAUGGCCGGCAUGGCGCACUCAGAGGCGCACUACUUCAACUCAUACAACCACCAUGGCAUUCACGAGGAGAUGUUGAAAGACGAAGUGCGCACCAAGUCAUAUCGCGAUUCGAUCUACAACAACCGCCACCUGUUUAAGGACAAGGUCGUGCUCGACGUAGGCUGCGGAACCUCGAUUCUUAGCAUGUUCGCGGUAAAGGCAGGCGCAAAGCACGUUAUCGGUGUGGACAUGUCCACAAUCAUUUACAAGGCGCGCGAGAUCGUUGCCGCGAACGGCAUGUCUGACAAGAUCACACUGCUGCAGGGCAAGAUGGAAGAGGUGGAGUUGCCAUUUCCCGAGGUCGACAUCAUCAUUUCUGAGUGGAUGGGAUACUUCUUGCUGUACGAGAGCAUGCUGGACACCGUGCUCUGGGCACGCGACAGAUACCUGAGGAAGGAUGGCAAGGGUCUCAUCUUCCCGGACAAGGCGACCAUCUUCCUGGCUGGUAUUGAGGAUGGCGAGUACAAGGAUGAGAAGAUCGGAUUCUGGGAUAAUGUCUACGGAUUCGACUACUCUCCCCUCAAGCUGACAGCACUGACCGAGCCACUUGUCGACACUGUCGAGCUCAAAGCAGUCGUCACCGAUCCCUGCGCCGUGCUUACCCUCGACCUCUACACUUGCACAACCGCCGACCUGAACUUCAAGCUGCCAUACAACCUCUCCGUCCGACGAACAGACUACAUCCAUGCUCUCGUUGCCUGGUUCGACAUUGAGUUCUCCGCAUGCCACAAGCCAGUGCGAUUUAGCACUGGUCCACACACGAAGUACACCCACUGGAAGCAGACAGUAUUCUACCUCGCUGACGUGCUUACCGUCGAAGCUGGCGAGCAAAUCACUGGCGAACUUACCUGCAGACCUAACGAGAAGAACCGAAGAGAUUUGAACAUCGCCAUCGACUACAAGCUCAACACCGAAGACCAGGGCAGAAUCGCAGACGGGCACUGCGAGUACACGAUGUGCUAGUUGAAGUUUAGCAAGGCGUUCUUGGCGCGAGGAAUGGAUCCAUCACCACGACUGAUGGACACGUGGGCAUGGCAUGAUGAGCAUAGCGGAGUUUUAUCUUUUUUUUUGCGUUCAUCGUUGGGUCGCAGCUUUAGCUUCGCUGACCGUGUACAGUGUAUAGAGGAAUGCGAGUCUCGUUGCAGAAAGAGGCACUGAGCUUGCGCGAACCGCUUAACAGUUUCAAAAUUCCACG